AUGUCCUCUUCCACCAAAGACAAUGCACCCCGUCCUCCUUCAAAGGACGUUGAACCAACCAAAAUUGACACCGCACCACAACAGACCAGAUUCGCAAGCCCUCUGAGGUCGAAUCGCAAUGACCCAAAUAUAAAUGUGGUAGAGAUCCCUGCAGAGAUAAAACGGUCCCCCACCUUCAAAGAACAAGUAUUUGGUUAUGCCAAGGUCAUCCGCGGAACAGCACUUGGUAAAUCAGACGUCAAGGAGCACGGGGAACAAGUCUUGCGGGGUGAAGAGACCAUUCCGGUGAAAGGCCGUCGAGGUUCGAUUGCAGAGUAA